GUUCGUACUUAAACGCAGAAAACAUUUUCACUAUCAAAUGGGUUUGGUUUUGGUUUUGGGGCUUCCCACCACGCUAUACCUCCUCCACCAUCUCUUCUUCUUCUUUCUCCUCCCUACUCCCUUCAUUCAAUUGACUGUUUGACCAAGCAGAUCCGGCAAUGGAGGAGGGCAGGAAGAUCUUGUGCGAUUGGGCCGUGAUUCGAUCCCUAUUUGCUAUUCUUCAGUGGUGGGCUUUCAAUGUCACCGUUAUUAUCACCAACAAAUGGAUCUUCCAGAAAUUGGACUUCAAGUUCCCUUUGACGGUGUCUUGCAUUCACUUUAUAUGCUCAGCUAUUGGUGCCUACCUGGUGAUUAAAGUGUUAAAGAUCAAGCCUCUAAUUGUGGUUGACCCCGAAGAUCGCUGGAAGAGGAUUUUCCCCAUGUCAUUUGUAUUUUGUAUAAACAUAGUUUUGGGAAAUGUCAGCCUGCGCUAUAUUCCUGUUUCUUUUAUGCAAACCAUAAAGUCAUUUACCCCUGCAACUACAGUCAUUUUGCAGUGGCUGGUUUGGGGUAAGCACUUUGAUUGGCAAAUUUGGGCUUCUUUGGUUCCUAUUGUUGGAGGAAUUCUUCUUACAUCUAUCACAGAGCUUAGUUUCAAUAUGUUUGGAUUUUCUGCUGCCUUAUUUGGCUGUCUUGCUACUUCUACAAAAACUAUCCUUGCAGAAUCUCUGCUUCAUGGUUACAAAUUUGACAGCAUAAACACAGUAUAUUACAUGGCACCUUUUGCAACUAUGAUCUUGGCUGGACCAGCUUUACUAUUGGAGGGACCUGGAGUGGUGGAAUGGUUGCAUACUUCUCCAUCUCUUCUCUCGCCAUUUAUUAUUAUAUUUGGCUCUGGACUUUUGGCAUUUUGCCUUAACUUCUCUAUUUUCUACGUCAUCCAUUCCACUACUGCCGUCACUUUCAAUGUUGCUGGAAACCUUAAGGUCGCAGUUGCUGUUACUUUUUCAUGGCUGAUUUUCCAGAACCCGAUUUCGGGGCUGAAUGCUUUUGGAUGCGGGGUGACUCUCAUCGGGUGUACGUUCUACGGGUACGUGAGGCACAUGCUCUCGCAACAGCUGCCUGGAACACCUCGGACCCCACGCACUCCCCGAACACCACGCACCCCCCGGAGCAAGAUGGAGCUUCUUCCCCUUGUAAGUGACAAGUUAGACGAUAAAGUGUAAUAUGUCCAAGCAUUCAUGGAUGAGGAGGCAUCUAUUCAUCUAACCUUGUAGCAAAAUAGGUGACUAUAAAAAUACAUAGGAAAGAGGGGAAAAAAAAGGAACCUUUUUUUUACUUGUUUAAUUUCCUAUAGGUUAACUUAUCCCCCUUCACCCCUGCAAAAGAUUUUAUCAUACUUGAGAUGUGCGAUAUUUAUUGUCUGCGAUUUCUUAAUGAGUCAUACAUCUGUAAUCGUAAUAUGGAGAUGAUGAGCUUAAAUUAUAUACGGAGUUUGAUAUUUCAUUUGGGA